GUCUGCGUCCCCCGGUAGACCGGUGUAAACAGGUCCGGGGCCUCAGAGCAGUGGCCUGGCUGCGCAGGCGUUCCCGCUUGCUCCAGGUGGCCCCUGCGGCCUGGCCACGAGCACGGCGCGCACCUGAGCUUUAAGUCCAUGGCCCAAAAUGACUCUCCCACUGGAGACUCUCUUCUGUAAAGACGACAAGGAGACAGGAGGCUGUGAUGAGCAUGCCACUGCAUCAGGUCUCUGCCAUUCCAUCCCAGGAUGCCACCUCUGCUAGAGUCUAUAGAAGUAAGACCAAAGAAAAGGAGAGGGAAGAGCAGAAUGAGAAGACUUUGGGACAUUCCAUGAGUCAUUCAAGUUGCAUUUCUAAGGCUGGGGGUCCUCCGCUGGUGUCGGCUCCAGUGUCUGCCUUCUCUCGCACUUCUGUCACACCUUCCAAUCAGGAUAUCUGCAGUUCCAGUGCAGUGUUUUCUGAGUGUUGUCACCACAGUCCCAUGCAGUCCGCUGUUGUCUUGAAAGCUCCUCAGUGCCAGAGUUCUCUGACACAAGGGCUCACUGUGACAGUUAUCUGUAAAGACACAUUACAGGCAUCAAAGAGAAAUUCCGGUGGUUCAGAAUGGGUCCAGGCCUGGAAGCCUGCUAAGAAUACCAAAGCCAGAAGAACACUAAAGUUCUCAAAAUCCUUAAAUGAUGUGGGUGAGAAGGCCCAGGACCCUUUGGAAAAUUUUGACUAUGCAGAAAGAACUUGCUCUGAAGGGAAAUUGAUACUCUCUCAAGAUCCAUAUCUCAGAAUUAACAGAUUCCAUCAUAAACAAAAAAGAACUCUGAAUUGCAAAUCUCUUGACCAUUCCAAACAUUCUUGUGUUUCAUCCCUAUUUGCCAAUAAUUCAACUGCCUCAGAGGUGCAAGGUGGCAAGGGGGGCAGACAUGUCCCCCUUUUGGAAGAGAAAGCAGAUUGUGAGGCUGUUUCCAGAAGCCAGAGACUGCUCAGGUAUCUGUUCUCCCUCUCGCAUGGCUCAAGUGCCAACAGCCUGCAUAGGUUCCACGAGCUGGAGAGCUGUGCUGCUCACCUGUGCUCUGCCAAGUCCUCCAGCGGGCUGGCAGGGAGCACUGGCUUCUGCUCCGACGAAAUGGGAGAUGAUGACGUCUUUGAGGACAACACAUCCACAAAAUCGAAGAGCAAGGUCCUGCGGGCACCCCUCUGCUCAAUGGAGAAGGAUAGUGACCUGGAUUAUUAUUCUCCUCUCUCUGAACAAUGCCCCCCUCUCUCUCCUGUGUCCACAUCAGGGGAUGCCUGCAGGAUCUGUCACUGUGAAGGGGAUGACGAGAGCCCUUUGAUCACACCCUGCCACUGCACAGGGAGCCUGCACUUCGUGCACCAGACCUGCCUGCAGCAUUGGAUCAAGAGCUCUGACACACGCUGCUGCGAGCUCUGCAAGUACGAGUUCAUCAUGGAGACCAAGCUGAAGCCUUUGAGAAAAUGGGAGAAGUUGCAGAUGACAGCCAGCGAGCGCAGGAAGAUCAUGUGUUCAGUGACAUUCCAUGUCAUCGCCAUCACCUGUGUGGUCUGGUCCUUAUAUGUGCUCAUUGACCGCACUGCUGAGGAAAUCAAGCAGGGACAGGCAACAGGAAUCUUAGAGUGGCCCUUUUGGACUAAAUUGGUGGUGGUGGCCAUUGGCUUUACUGGCGGACUCCUUUUUAUGUACGUUCAGUGCAAAGUGUAUGUGCAAUUGUGGAAGAGACUCAAGGCUUAUAACAGAGUCAUCUAUGUUCAGAACUGUCCAGACACAAGCAAAAAGAAUAUUUUUGAAAAACCUGCGCUCACAGAGCCCAACUUUGAAAAUAAAGAUGGACAUGGAAUCUGUCAUUCCGACACAAACUCUUCUUGUUGCACAGACUCUGAAGGCACUGGAGCAGAAAUCGUUCACAUCUGAAUGUGUGGAGGGUAUGGUUUUCCUGGACAUCCAUGAACAGCUGACAGAAAUUGUUUACUUCCAGUUGUGUACCUUUUCUUACAUGCUUUAAUAGCACGGACUGGACAGGUGACUAUUUUUAAUGAUUUCUCUUUCUCUAAACCCCCCUCAUGGAAUCUCCUGGAAAGCUCUCACAUCGGCUGGACAUGCCUGGAAAUGCACUUCUACCUGCACAUCAAUGGGAAGGGAAGGUGGGAGACUCAGGACACCAUGACAGGGAGCUGGCCCAUGGUCUUGAGCACAAUGAGAGGUAAAAUGUCGAACCUGAGGGAAGAACAGGAGCAGGGUGGCACCCGGGCCCUGAUGUACAACUCUUCCAGUUCCCACCCUGGGACAAUGUGUCUGGGAAAGCCUAGCCCUGGGGCGAGGACUCCCUCCUCACUAAGGAGAGCCCGGGGCGGUGAGCACCCUCUGCCAGUGCUGCCGCUGUCAGUUCUCUCGAGCAGAUGGGCCAUGGUGCUCUGUCACGGUGGCAAGGGAUUUCACUAAGCAAACAGCACUUUACAAAAAAAGACUCUUUAUUUUAUUAUGUGUCCAGAAAGGUUGGAAUUUAAAAGAAUGUCUCGUAUAGAAACCUCCUCUUCAUGACCCCGAUUAUCUCUUUUAUGUUGUAACAGAUCUAAAACCCUGUUGCCUUUGACAUUCUAAGAACUGUGACACCUAGUCUGUGUCCAUUAAAGAGGCUUGUGACUAUAAAGCAGGACAAACCGGUCUGAUGCUUUCCCAUAAAAUUUCAUGGCAAUUAAUGGAUUGUAAAUGGCAAUUCCUACUAUUUCAAGCCUGUUUUAUGAUAAGUCUUUAUAAAAGGGCCUGCCCCAAACUUUUUUCCUUUUUUUUUUUUUUUUGGUCAACACUGAAGAGGAAGAGCUUAUGAAUUCUAAAAGAAAGGAAAAGAAGUGAGUAAUUAAAACAAAAACGAGUAUUUAAAUACCAUUUCCUUACAGACAAACCUCUCUAGUUUGUGCUGGCCUCACACUAACAGAGUAAGCAUGCACCGCCCUGGUCUAGGGUGUGUCCACUGUAGGUGCUCCUGGGCUCCUGUCACCUCGGCCAGCUUCUGUGCCAGGGAAGGUAGCGAGGCAGGCAGGCUGGCUCUGGAACAGGGGCCAGGAGUGAACCACAGACUGCCAUGGCCCACUGUGUCACUGCCCUCAGCCACACACCCAACCAUUUGUCGCCUUAACUAGACUGAACAGAGAUGAUCUUUUAGGGGCCCUUGGCCUUGCGAUCAAUCUGUUCUGUCAUCAGGGAUUAUCUCCUGUAUCAUUUUUCAUAAAACAAAACCAAAAUCACUGCCAGAAAGUCUACUUAAAAUUCUGUCUUUAAAAACUAAUUUCAUUGCUCUAGGGAAAUGAGUGAACUCCAGGAAACUAGGCCAGGAGGAUCUGCAGUGUAGCCUGGGUAUCCCAGAUGCUGGCUUUCCAGGUGUUGCUGCAUGUGCCUAGGGGUUCGGCUUUUAGUCCUUGGAGCCUUGGGUGCCUCAUCUGUCGUGUUAGAAGGAUGAAGCAAACCUUUGCUUUCCAGAGUGGAAGCCCUGUGGCUUAUUUUAGAAACCAGGAGAAAGCUGAAGGCUGUCUGAGACCUGGGGGAGAGCAUGUGGUAGCACACUCUGUGCUCUGUCACCUCCUCCUACCCAGUCUGACUCUUCAGGAUUAUGGGCUCUGAUCCAGGCAGCUGCUGUGCAUGGCCUUCCUCUGGCUGGGCACCACACCAGCCCCUGAAAAUUAGUCAGCUUACCCUCUUGCCAUCUCCCAGGCCACAUCCAGCCCAUGCCUGUGUGUUCACUGUGCCCCAAAGUGCAAUUACCCACACCCCUUCUCAGCCUGGAGACACCAGGCAGGCUGCUUACUCAGGGUUGCUGGAUCCAGGUCAUCCCUGACUCUGCCCCUUCAAAAUAGCCUAAGGGAGGCCCUGUGUCUGCCACCUUCUAACAGCAGGUGAUGGAUGAUGUGAAGAUGGGUAGAUUUUUUAGUGGGAAUCCUUUCCUCCUGGAUGGAACCCCUUAUGCUGAACUUGAAAAGUAUUGAGAUUUCCCAUAGAGAGGUAAGUGUGCUUUAGUAGUAAUAGCCCCUGGGCAUCAUACCCUUUGCAGCUGGCAUCCCCUAUGGCAAAGGUGCUUUUGUACCCAUUUUGUGUUGCUCCAAUGCCCAACCAGAUUUUUAUGAAGCCCUCUCACCAUCUCAUCACCUCCCACCAAGUUCCUAAAACUUCUCUCCCUGUGGAGAUCUGUCCCAGGUCUUUACUUAUUUCCUCUCCUGGAAAGACACACAGAUGCUCUCUUGCCUUUCUCUUUUCUUGCAGAUCCUAGUUGAGCACCUUUGACCCCAUUCUUUGUCCCCUGUCAAAUAUUUUUCCCCCAGGGACUUAACUCUGAGGCAUGAAGCCCUUGCAAGAUUGUGCUAUGCUGCCCUCUAGUGGGCACAGUGGAUCUGCCAGGUGUUCCCACUUGCCCUCUAAAUACUUUUGGAGGUUAAUCCCGUUUCCUUUCAUUUUACACUUCAGUGGGAGGAUGGCAUUUGGCUCAACCAUAUAGAAAUGUGGGAUGAGCUUGGUACUUGUGGGCCAGGCAGUGGAGAGAUGGCAGCAGCCCUCGGGGGUGUCACCAGCCAGCUCUCUCUGACUUUACCUUUAUAUUCCCAAGAAGUUACAGUGUAACACAAGGGCUUCUGACUUCUUUGGCUGCCAGCAGUAAUUUGUUUUUUGUACCCAAUUUAAGAAUUUCCUGAAAAUUCUAUAAAAGGUCUCUUCUUACUCUCAGAUUCUAACAUGUAUCUGCACCGCCCCCCCUCCCCUUCCCGCUUUCUUUGUUUCAGUUGACUUUUUUCAAUCUUAUGGGCCUAGUUUUUAAACUUUGGGUGUGCCCUCUCUGGCUAUAGCUAGAAAGGCUACAGGCAGCUGGGGCAGUUCCCAAGCCUCAGGUAAUGCCUGAACAGGUUGAAGCUGCUUCUGUUGCCUGGUAGUCAGCUGCAGGGCUGGAGGAGGACUGGGAACAGCAGGAUAAAGGUGUUCACAAUGCUAUGGAUUUGGCCUAAUGCAAAUGUACUUUUGAAAUAUUUACCUUUUUGGACAUGAUUUGAUAUAUGCAGCUUCCAUCUCUAGCCCAGGAAAGACCUAAAUAACUCAUUACCUAUUUAGAUGUAAUGUUUCUAGAAAGUUGAUUGUUAAUAAAAACCAAAUUUACACUGGCAUGUGUGGUGUCAUUUCUAAAAGACACUUAGGGAAUUUCUAGUUAUCUAGAUGCCUAGUUUUGUAUCCUUUUGUGUGUGUUCAUUGUUUCUAAGUAUCAUCACUUGAAUAAUAUUCUGUACAGGGGCUCAUUUGUGCUAUACAUAGGGUA